AUGCCCCUAAAGUUUGUAGUGUCACUUGUUUUGUCCAAGUCCAAAUUUUCUGUUAGUACUAUAAAGCCUUGCUGUGUAAUUGUUUUUUCAGGGAUAAAGCAUAUGGGUUUUUUUUUCCACCGAAUCAGCUCACUAGAGAUGGACACUGUUUCGACAUUGUUAUCCGGUCCGAAUAGCCUAUUAAGAUCCUUAACAGCUUCCAGAGCUUCAAUCAUCUCGGGUUCCUCAAUUUCCAGUUCCAUGUCCCUAAUAGAUCUCCCAGCUGCUGAUGAUUUGAGAGUGGGUGUGAGUGAUGGAUGA